AUGGUUCCAUACUGGUUCAGGAUAUACCUGUUGAUUCUACUCAGUUUCACGGGCAUGAUCUCGAUCGCGUUCUGUGAAGGUCUUCCCCAACGUCUGUUUGGAAUUGCCCUGGCAUCAGCGUCUUCAGGUCUUGGAGAGAUCUCGUUUCUGCAAUUGACACAUUUCUACGACUCAUGGUCGCUUGGCGGGUUCAGUUCAGGAACAGGAGCAGCAGGUCUUGUUGGCAGUUUUGUGUUCAUGAUGCUCACUUCAUGGAUGGGCAUCACCACCAAAACUUCCCUGAUCAUGUUCAGUCUAGUACCCAUUCUAUUUGCUGUUGUAUAUAAAUGGGUUCUCCCAUCGUCCGAGGGCUCACGAGACCAUUCUCGUGAUUAUACACCAGUCCAAGGAAACCUUCCUGACUACGACGAACCGCUUACUUCGAGUCACAAUCACAGUCCAACGGCCCAUCAAUCAGCUGUUGAUGUUUCCGAACAACCUGAUUUUUCUGCUGCUGCUGAUGAAGAAUCUGCUAUUGAUAAACCCGUUCACGGAUCAAUUGACGUGGCUCGAACCCUCCAACGACUACGGCCACUAGUCGUUCCGUUCAUGUAA